UUAUUGUGUUAUUUUGCAAAAUGCUGCCGGAGCCGAAGGAUUUCGAGAAAUACUUCCAUGAAUUGUACAGACAAUUCCCAGAGACCCAACAGAGCAGAAAGAGGCAGGAAUGGAAGAAGAUCAAGAAAAAGGUCAAGCACAGUAACAAGCUGAAAAGCAAAUUGGAAAUGAUGAAUGAGACAGACUUUCUGAAUCCCCCUGAGAUGGAGCUCCCAGGGAAUGCAUCUGCUUUUGCCAUGUUUGCCUCAAUCCGACUGGCUGUAUUGGAUAGAUGGAUGAGGCAGGCUAAUCAAGAGUAUCUGCAGAGCAGCUGCAGUGCUCCAUUGGCUGAGCAGAGUGAAAUCGAGAGUGACACUGAGGAUAAUACACAGAGCAGCACUUACGUCCCCAUGAAGGUUUCAAAAAUAGUUGGUCUAGGCUUAAGGUCUGUGUUUGAGUUGAUCAAGGAGAGUCGCAACAGUCACCCAAAGUUAUGCAGCAAAGCACUUUUGGCUCUAUUGGAUGUAUUGCAAGGACAGGCGCCAGAGGGUUUAAAGAGUGAACCUCCAGAUGUUAUUGAUCCAUUGUUUGAUUUGCUAUUGGAUUUAGCAACUUUACAUGGACCUGAAAGCACCUAUCCCAACGACGGGAGCCACUUAACGGCGAUAGCCUGUGCUUGUUUGCUAUCGCUGGUUGUAGUGCGCGGCGACACAGGAAAAUUUCUAGCUGCAACCGCUGCAUUACUUAUGUGUCCAAGAGCUUUGGCCAUGCAGAAUAUACAAAUGCCGGUGGUAUUAACGUCAUUACAACGGAGUAUUCAUGGAGUUCUCUUGGGGAAAAUAGUUAGGCCUGAUUGGAUUUCUCAUGGAGUUCCUGAUUCAUCACACAUAGAGACAUUUCCAAUUCGUAUGCCCUCCGAAAUCCAGAACACUGUUUUGGUGUUGAAAUCGCUCGCAUGCGAUGGACAAUACUUGUAUUUAUUUACAUCCAAAGGUUUAUUCAAAAUUGGUUCUGGAUACGGGGGUACUUUGAAGGGGCACGUAUACGUUUGGAAACCCGACUUUUAUCCCAGUGAUAAAGGAUUCUUAUUGUUCUGCUCCGGUAAUUUAUAUCUUAAAUUGUCCGGAAGAAGAGGAAUAGAAUUCCUUAUAGUCGAAAAACAGAAUUUACUGAUUUGCGGAUCUAUAGCUCUCCACAGUCGAGAUGCUAUGGCUUCAGUGGUUUUCUCUGAUGGUGAACAUUUAGGAACCAUUUCACCUGCUAAAGAUGACGGUUUUGUGGUGCGAAUGUUAAAUCAUACUACGGUGCCAGCAUCUCUGGCAUUAGAACUUCCUCUUAAAUUGGCGAGGAAAUGUAUCGAUGUACUGGGCACUGCACCAUUUGAAGAAGAACCCCAGUUCCACACCGUCAACUCUUGUAACGAUGAAGAAAUUGCAACGAUUUGCGCCGGAAAGGAGUUCGGAUUAAUUAAAACUGUCAAUGGGAAAGUCAUGUAUUGUGGAAAAGCCUCAAGUCUAGGAAUAAAACAGGCUGGUGUCAGAACCAGCAAAUGGUCCGAGUUGGCCUUAAGCAAAUCCCCAAAAGUAACACAUAUCGCCGUUGGACACGAUGGAUUGCAUGCCAUUUUAAUUAUUGAAGAUGGCUCUGUAUUCUUUGCUGGUACCGCUAGGAGAGGUGAAGAUGGAGAUCAGAGUAAAGUUCGUAGACAACCGAAGCCGGUGAAGCCAAAGAAAAUGAUCAAAGUUGAUGGACAGAGCAUCACAUGUGCCGCCUGUAAUAAUGGAACGACGGCUUUGAUAAACCGCGAAGGAGAACUUUUGAUGUUUGGAAAAGAUACUACGCAUGCUGAUAGUAGUACUGGAAUAGUGAAUAAUUUGAAAGGCGAAUUUAUAGUGCAAGUGGCUCUUGGUAAGGCGCACGCAGUUGCAUUGAACAGCAAGGGACAAGUCUUCUCUUUCGGAAUCAACAACAAGUAUCAAUGCGGAAGGGAUUUUAUAGCAAUCAAAGAAGAUCAAACGCCCACAAUAGUGGCCAUGGAUACUUGUAUAAGCCACGAAGAUCAGGAUAUCUAUGAAGAGGUGGAAGAAGUCAAUCGACCUGCCGAAGAAUUGGAAAACCAACCAGGGAGUUCGGAUGCUAAUAACGAGGCCGAACCAAACAAUCACCACGUUUGUCCAGCUGGAAUGCACACCUGGAACCAUGAAAUGUGUAUGAUAUGCACGGUGUGUCGAGAAUGCACUGGAUAUUCGAUUAGCUGUUUAAGUUCCAUGAGACCGGAUCGUAAUCCUGGACAUGAGUGUGGAUGUGGAGAAGGUGACAGCGGAUGUUCAGUGUGCGGCUGUUGCAGGAUUUGCGCUCAAGAAAAUGUGGAUAAUUCUGAGCUCACGAUAUUUGAACCUAGCGGUGCUGUUAAUCUGGCCGGUAUGAUGAGGUUGGAUUUGAUUUUGCGUGAUAAGGUAAAGGAAUUGGUUCAACCUAAACAAAGGGUAAAAGUACCGGAACAGCCUCGUGUCGAUGAAAAGAAAGUCAGAGGAAGAAAACCAGUGGCAGGACCCAGUAAGCAAGCUCUAAAAAUGAAAACUUACAAUAUAUUGGCCACACCGACUCAUCGCAUAAACAAUGCCAUUCGGCAAUCUAGUCAUUUAGCGAAAAGUCAGCAAACUGGAUCUGAUGUAGAAAGAGAUACAACGAGGAUUGCUUGUUUACCGCCAGGUAAAAUACAAGUUCCUUCAGAGAGUCCUGUAGUUCAAAUAGCAUGUGGCCUACACCAUAGCAUUCUGCUUUUGCAAAAUGGACAGGUUUACAGUUUUGGCUCAAACCAGUAUGGACAACUGGGAUGUGGAGAUAUCUUGGCGAAGGCGAGUAUGCAAUUGGUGAAGUUACCAUGCAGCGCUACGCACAUUGCAGCUGGAAGCAACCACUCGGCGAUAUUAACAUCCAAAGGCGAAAUCUUCACUUUUGGAAAUUAUCAGAAAGGACAAUUGGGACGGUCGCCUCCUCCAAAUUCACCUACGGAUACUUCAAAGCCGGGUCAAAGCUCAUCUAUAAAAUAUCCAAACCCCAGAAGUCCUUGGUAUUCUACCCCUGGUUCUAUACCGAACGUAGGUCCGAAGCACGGAAGAAGAGCCACAUGGGUCGGAGCAUCUGGUGAUCAAACCUACUUAAAGAUCGACGAGAGUUUAAUCAACUCGGUGAGCUUGUCCAAGUCUACAGUUACGGCAAACAAUAACUCAAUUGUGCUGAUUCCUAAUCAAAUGGAAAGUGCGGCCAGUUUCAAGUGUCUGGUUAUUAAUAAACGUGACGGCAAUUGCAAUUCAUUCAAGUGUAAGGAUCAAGUCGAUUUCUACAAUAAGAUAGUGUGCUUAGAUCCAAUACACAACGUACUGUGGUCAUAUAAUCCAGUCAAUCAUGAGAUGUCUUAUUUCAAUAUAAUUUCAUCCGAUUUGCGAACAAAUAAUGAAGAGAAUAAGAGAAAUGCUUCUGAGGAAGUGGAUAAUUUCCAAAUGUCGUCAAUUUUAACACCAGAAUUAGCUUUGCCAUUUGUUUCGAGCUGUCAUAUUACUAGGCUUCAAGCUGCUAUACAUCUGCUGUGCUGCUUAGACACUUUAACGGUGGCGCAUGAUUUGCAAUUGUGUACAAUUAAAGAAGAGAUCGAGGAAAGGCAAUUGGUAUCUGGAAAGCAGUACAGCAGAGAAGAUUUCCAAAUGGUCAAUAGGUUUGAAAGUCACGGUGGCGGUUGGGGUUACUCCGCGCAUAGUAUCGAGGCAAUUAGAUUCAUGGCUGAUACAGAUAUUUUGUUAGGAGGGUUUGGUUUGUUUGGUGGUCGGGGGGAGUAUACUGGGAAAUUAAAGCUUCUGGACAUUGGGCCAGAUGGGGGUGAACAGGAAGGUGAUGGAGAUUUGUUAGCGGAAACUGAAGAAGUACCUUACGAAUGCGGACCCAGGCAAAAAUUCCCUAUGCUUUUUGAGGAACCAGUCCAAUUGCAGGCACAUAGAUGGUAUGUCGCUUGGUGCAGAAUCAGCGGUCCAAGCAGUGAUUGCGGAUCUUCAGGUCAAACUAUGGUCACUACAGAAGAUCAAGUUUUAUUUUAUUUUAAAUCUUCGAAGAAAUCAAAUAAUGGGACAGACGUGAACGCAGGUCAGCUUCCACAAUUACUUUACAAAGUUAUUACUCCGGAAAACCAAAGCCCUCCAAGACCUCUAGACCUAGGGGAACCAAUACACAUUUUAACAAAAGAAUUCUCAAGAUGCGUAACUAAGGAAUGUUUCCAGAGCUUGCUAUCGCUACUGCAGUGGUCCUGGAAUACCUUCAAGAUAGGUAUAGCGGAUGGUCAGUCUCUUCAACACAUGUACACUGCCUUAGAACUGGAGCGAUUGGUUUACAUCUCUCGCGCUAGUUUAAGAUUGAUCAGAACGUACACUAACGAGAUUUAUCCGAAUCAAAUUAACAAGAAAAAUCCUCUGGAGAAUGUUCACUUGGCAGAAAGCAUCGGUGACGUUCGAUCACUACUUAAGCAAAUACUAUCUGACAGUUUGCCAAUGCUCGGAAAUAAAAAGUCUAGUAAAUGCAAAGCUAAAACGAGCAGUAUAUACAUGAAAAUGAUUAACGGGAUCCUGGAUGAAUGCCAUAAAACUUUUGUGUCCUGCUUCCAUGCCUUCUAUCCAACUGCUUUCUUGAAGUGGACCUGCUUAUGUGAUCUACUGGCUGAUAUAGAGAACGAGAGCAAAUCUUUUUCCAGCGUCAAUAGUCAGCGACUUCUGAGCGCCGUCCUUUGUGCUCUUUGUGGUCCUACCGUCCGUUUGCGUUCUACGUUUCCUCUUCUUGGUGGCAACAUUUCCAAUGACAGCUCUUUGCACAAAGGUUUGAGCCCUUCCGAUAACACUGGUUUACCAAUGAUGAGUGGGUCAGAUUCUCACCAUUAUCCAAUAUUGGUAGAGCAAAUGAGUUACAGAAGCCAGAUGGAAUCGCUAUCAACGGGAUUCAGUUGGUCUUGGCGUGAAGUUCUCGAUUGUUUGCUGAACCUUGUUUCAGAGCCAGUUUAUAAAGUGCUGCAAGGUAAUAAAAUAGCACCUUUGGCGGGGUUGACUAAAAAUUGUUGCCAUUUGCUGGGAAGAGUAAUUGCAGAAUUGGUACAUCAAUGCAGCGCUAAUGAGGAUGACAUGCAGAGUGGAUGCGGUAGGAUUUUACACAUGACGCCUUCUCGGUUUACAAGAACCAAUCAAUCGAGAACUUGGAAUACUGGGAACGGUUCUCCGGAUGCUAUUAGUUUUCAAGUUGACAGGCCAGGUAUUUCCAUUGCAGGAGUUAGUGUAUACGGGGGAAUUGGACAUUACGAUUAUGAGUUGGAGAUUUUGGAGGAUCAAAGCACUGUUGGAAGUGAAAGCCACACUCAUACUCAGCGCUGGAACAGCAUGGAAAUUACUAGAGGAUCUUUUGGUCCUGAGGAUUUCGCUCCCGAUAUGACCGAGAUAAAGUUUGACAAACCCAUACAGAUUAAAGAAAAUAUUAAAUACGCGAUAAGAUUGAGAAAUCACGGCGGAAGAACUAAUAAUGGAGAUGGUGGAUUGACUUCCAUUAAGGGAUCAGAUAAUACCACAUUCUGUUUCUCGACAUGUUCUUUAAGCUUUAAUGGAACUACAAUAAUGCGCGGACAAAUCCCUAUUAUAUUGUACUACAGCAAUCCCGUUGAGAGCGGUCGUGUUACUAGUGGAAAACUCGAGCAGCAGGCUAGGAAAGGGGCUUUAGCGAUGACAACUUCCAUCAUACAAAGCUCAUGUAAACUGUUAACAUUAGCGCGGGAAAGAGCGGACGAGGUGGCUUCUUCGGAAAUUUUAGGAUCGGCUGAUAUAAUUAGGAUCUUAUUACCACUGGUUAUGGCUCAUAUAAGCCCAUUAGUAACGGCGGAUCCAAGGAGUGCCGUACAAAUAUUGAACUUGAUCCAAGAAAUGUUGCCGCACGUCGCUGCGCUUAAUUUACUAUCUUCCGGAGGUGACGAUUUAACUACGACUACCAGUCACCAUUACACAUGGGUUCAAAGCGAUCAUCCUUACAAGCCAGCAACCGUAUCUAAUUAUAGAGUUAAGUUUCCAGAAAGCGUGAAGUGGAUGUCAAUUGAAUUCGAUCCAAUAUGCUCGACUGCACAACCAGAGGACUCGCUCCAGCUGUACGUUCCCAGCCUUGGAGGAGAUCAUGCGAAAAAAAAUGAAAACGAAAACGAGGAGACUGUCUCUUUACCAUAUUGGCCUGUGGUUCACAAAUUCACGAGCUGCAUGCAGUGGCCGCAAAAUUCCCUAAUUUUGCCGGGCCAUGAGGUCUUGUUCUCUUUAGAAACAGCAUCGGAUUAUUUGAAGGACGAAAAGUCCAGUUCUUAUGGUUUCAAAUGUCUGGUCGUUGGAUAUGAAUCGCCACCGGUGGGUGGUGCUACCUCUUUGGCAGGUCUGAAACAGCUCGAAGCUGAACUGUCCUUUUUAGGUGGAAUGUGCGCUGCUAGUCUCAUCAAAAAAGAUCUUAUACUACCAGUGGGAGGAGUAGAUGAUGUUGAGGUGGAUAUAGAUAUGGCAGAAAUGGUAGCGGCGCAGACUUUGGCAUCGCACAGUUCGCUACUUUCUAAGGGGUUGGCUCUAAAUUGUCCUCCGACCGUAAUUCAAGCUUUGGAUGGUUUACUUCCCUAUGGGUGAGUACUCGUUCUUUACAUUUUUUAGAAGAUGCAU